AACGGGAGGAGAGACCAUGGAGGGAGAAAGCUGGAUGUAUUAGCUAGUUUGCUACUUUGGGGCACCCUUUCCUUCUUUCGUUUUUGCCCGCACAAAUCAAAACGCCUCUAUGGGGCGAUAUCCGGUGCUUAUUUUAUGUCCUGGGAAAACGUCGUAAACCGUAAACAGUCAGACAUUCAGGACGGUGAGCACAACCCGACGAAAGUUAGCCUGCUCCGGCUAACUUAGCCUGUCUCUGCUAGCGAGAAAGGACAAAAACAGGCUAGUGGAAAAGGAGUUAAGGGGGAAAAGUGGCGCUGCGGCGUAAAGUAACUAGUAAUGUUGCCACCCGGGAUUAACUUCAGAUACGGAUGAGAAAGACAUUGGCGACUGGGGAACACCGAGAACAAAGGAGCCAGACGACCACUGCUAUGUUAGGGUUGAUUCACGGCUCUGGCAGCCCGCCGGAGUCCCGAGGGUGGCCACACUCGGUGCUGUGGAGGCUUGGGGGCUUCUUCUUCCUCCUGCUGCUGGAAGGGGCUGGCUGCCUGGCCAACCCCAGCAACACUUUUGGCGUCAGCAACAACAACAACCACCCUAGUGUCAACAUAUACAUGAGUAUUGAGGAGGUGAAGAAGCUUUUGGGCCUGGAUGCAGAGCUGUACUAUGUGCGAGACGAUGUGGUGAAUCAUUAUGCUCUCUCCUUCACCCUGCCUGUGCCCAGCGAGACCAACAGCCUUCACUUCUCAUGGCAUUCCAAGACAAAGGUUGACUACCGGCUUGGCUUCCUCAUGGAGAACCCUGUGGCCAUGAACACACCACGGAGCAACAUCUCCAGUCAGGGGGAGGUGCCCCGUGUUCCCUCUGUCUUUAGAGUGGACCUCUUCUGUUCCGGCAAGAUAGAUGGAGAGGCUGUUUUGACAGUGCAGCUCAAUCUGACCAUCCAUGCCAACAACUACACAGUGCUCAACUUCAAGAGGAGGAAAAUGUGCUAUAAAAGAAUAGAUGACCCAAAGAUCCCCAUUCCCCUCAACAAUAACUCUCUUCCGCGGCCUGACUUAGAUGGUGUGACCACCCCCACCACCUCCACCCAGGUGUUCUACAUAAGUGUGAGCGUCUGCUGCAUUGUCAUCUUCCUCGUGGCCAUCAUCCUGGCCAUCCUGCACCUGCACAGCAUGAAGAGAGUGGAGAUGGAGGACAGUGUGAGUGACAGUGGAAGCUCACAGGGCCUGUCUCAGCCGUCCACCCAGACCACGCAGUACCUGAGAGCUGACACUCCAAACAACGCAGCCCCCGUCACCAACAAUCACCCUGGUUCUGCACCCAUUCUCCAGCUUGCUGCCACCUCCUUCCAAAACCCCGGUGCUCCCCCUCAUGAAACCAAAAGUUAUCCAUCUCUGCGCAUUGAGAAGAAUGACCUGAGGAGUGUUACUCUGCUGGAGGCCAAAGCUAAAGUGAAGGACAUUGCUAUCUCAAGGGAGAGAGUCACAUUACGUGAUGUCCUGCAUGAAGGCACGUUUGGCCGGAUCUUCCACGGCGUGCUGCUGGAUGAAAAGGACCCCAGUAAGGAAAAGCAGGUCUUUGUGAAGACAGUGAAAGAUCAUGCGUCCGAGGUGCAGGUGACCAUGAUGUUGACUGAAAGUUGCAAGCUUCGUGGACUUCAUCAUAGAAAUCUGUUGCCCAUAAGUCAUGUGUGUACAGAGGAUGGAGAGAAGCCCAUGGUGCUUUUGCCUUUCAUUGCUUGGGGGAAUCUCAAGCUGUUCCUGCGGCAAUGCAAGCUCGCUGAGGCAAACAACCCGCAGGCGAUCUCUCAGCAGGACUUGGUUUACAUGGCCAUCCAGAUUGCAUGUGGAAUGAGCUACCUGGCUCGCAGGGAGGUCAUACACAAAGACCUCGCUGCCAGGAACUGCGUCAUUGACGACAACAUGCAGGUGAAGAUAACAGACAAUGCCCUUGCCAGAGACCUAUUUCCCAUGGAUUACCACUGUCUGGGGGAUAAUGAGAACAGGCCAGUCCGCUGGAUGGCCCUGGAAAGCUUGCUCAACAACGACUUCUCCAGUGCGAGUGAUGUGUGGGCCUUCGGAGUGACGCUGUGGGAGCUGAUGACUCUGGGUCAGACCCCCUAUGUCGACAUCGACCCUUUUGAGAUGUCUGCUUAUCUGAAGGAUGGGUACAGAAUAGCACAGCCUAUCAACUGUCCAGACGAACUGUUUGCAGUGAUGGCGUGUUGCUGGGCCCUGGACCCAGAGGAGCGGCCCAAGUUCCAGCAGCUUGUUCAGUGUCUCACAGAGUUCCACGCAGCGUUGGGAGCUUACGUGUGAAAAGAAAACAAGCUUCUGCUUUUUUGUUUUUUUUUUCACUAAGAACAGCAACUCUUAAGGCUGGUGGACUCUAAUUAUCAGGAAUACAUGUAUGAAAAUGUGCCUUAUCAAAUGAAAGAGCAGACUUAAGCCUGAUGAUUUUAUUUUUUGUACAGUUCUUUUUGGAGUUUUUAUAUAGUUGAAUUACCUUUUUACAGCAUAGCAACGUAAAAAAGGACUCUUUGUUGAAUAGUGUUAAAAGCAUCUAGAAAUUGCAAUUACGGUGCUUUUACCUUGCAUUCCCGGACAUUUACAUGCCAUCGGACAAAUUUUUUUGAAAAACAGUUUUACGCCUCUGACAAACCGUUUUUAAAGGCAGUAUUUUCCACAGUUUUGUAACUUAGUGAACCAGUGUACAGUGUAGAUGUGUUGUGGAUGAGUAACUCUACAGCAGAAUGAUUUUAGGUACCAAAGUAGACAUAAGGGCUUCAUUUGUAUAUAUAAACAUACUCUCAAUCAUUCUACUUCACUCUGCUAUGGUGAGCUCGGUACGAGAGGCCUCUUGGAAACCAGAUUUGUGUUUGUUGAGAUGAUUUCUUCACAAAUGGUACACUGUUUCUUUUUCCUCGUGGAUCAGACAUAUGGACGCCACAGCUUGUACAAAAUCAGCAUUGCAAAGCUACAUAUAUGAUUUUUUUUUACAUCCAGAGUGAAUUUUGGACACUUAUUAUUCGAAUGCCACCACCUUCUUCCUGUUUUGUACAUUUUCAUUCCCACUAUCACAACCUCCCAACAGAAUGAUCAUUACAUCUCUAUUUUAUAAGCUUGAUUGUUCUGUGUCAGAACACAGCCCUUCACAGGAUUUUUUGACUGAUUUUUACACUUAAUAAUCACUGUGAACACACAAGAAAACUGCCUACCAGCUCGGUCUAAUCUUAUUCUUACACCUUUGACAUCUUUGUGAUAUGUCUCUAUGGUCACUGCAUGUUGAAUUAAGGUUUUAAACUGCUUCCCGAUUUCAUAUCCACAAAUUAAAUGGGAUCUUUUAAAUAUAGAA